AUGGCAAUUGAUCAGUUGUCAUAUCCUACCACUGUACUCUCAAUGGAAGUUGAUGGGGAAGACGAUAGCGAGUAUAGGAUACUCUUCCACGGUCGCAUUCGAUAUGUAACUAUCGCCCCAGGAACGUACGACAGAGCAACGCUAUCUAUGCCCCUCCACUCCUUGCCAGAUCUCCCUCAAGAUGAAUCAUGGAAUCACGCUUUUAUCAGUCGGAAUAAUCUGACUGGCGAGCUGAAAACGUCGCUAUCAACUCGCAUGCUUCCCAGCGUCAAUUGUAUUUGGCACGCAAACCUCGUUGACUGCAUGGAUCUCACGAAGACGAGAACAAUUUCUCCGAACGCUUUUGAAGCAACCUGUCCGCUGACCAAGUCGGGGCCACAGGAUACAGUCAUUGCCAAGCUCGCGCGCUUCGAAUGGGAAAUACCCCGAAUAGAACGAGAAACUCAAGCCUACAAAAUGCUAGAGCAGACUGGUCUAGCGCCACGAUUUCUCGGUCAUGUCCAUGAGCAUGGACGCGUGAUAGGUUUUGUGUUGGAGAAGCUCGAGGGACGUCAUAGCUACAUUGAGGAUCUCUCGACCUGCCAGGCUCUUCUGCAACGUUUCCACGGCCUUGGCUUGCUCCAUGGCGAUGUCAAUCGGUAUAAUUUUAUUAUACAGCAAGGAUCCGCAAAGUUGAUUGACUUUGAGAAUAGUCGGUACUGUCCAGGCGAGGCCGAGGCUAUGAAUACUGAGAUUAUCAGUUUGCAUGAGCAAUUGGUGGAGGAGACGGGGCGUGGUGCAGGAGUUAUCUUCACGGAUAUUGAAGCCGAUGAUAAUUGA